UUGACUCUUGUUUUUUUUUUUUCAUUCCCACGUUUUCCACGGUUCACGAAACGCACUCAGUUCAUGCAACUUAAUUGUUACUACUAGUACAUAGGCCCCAAUCAUCGGCAGUUUAUGUGCUGUGAAAAGGACCGUCUUUUUCAAAAACCCCGUGGGCGAACGAACAGUUGUGGAGUGAAAUUGUGUCAGUUGAUAAAAACUGGAGCCGAGGGAAAAAAGGUAUGGUGUGAAAAGACUGCAGUUUUAUCUUCUGAAGACGAAUCCACUACGACAAACAUGGGGAAAUGUUGUGCGAUGUUAGUGUUCUGCCUGUCUGGGUUGGUGAGUGGUGUUUUGGCUGCCGUUCCGCAGGUUGAAGUAACUAGAGAGGUAACUGGAAAUUGUUCUAUACAGGCCAAGGAUGGGGACAAUAUGAUAGUCGAUUAUGAGGGCACAUUUAAGAAUGGAACUAUUUUUGAUUCAACUUUUCCCACCAACGCAACGCUCAACUUUACACUCGGUAAUCCUUACCUCGUCAAAGGCUGGAAUAUGGGGCUGCAAGGAGCGUGCGUAGGUGACGAGUUACGGUUGGUGAUCCCGUACACCCUCGGGUACGGCGAGUCUGGUCACCCGCCCGUCAUACCACCGAAAACUGAUCUGUACUUCAGGAUACACGUCCAUAAUAUCAACCCGUUCGAGCUACUACAAGCCCCCGGCGGUGUCGAACGAAAAACCCUUAGUGGCAACGACACCGACGCCCUCAACGGCACAGCGAAUAUAACUGGAAAUGCGGAUGACGAGUACGAUGACGAGUACGACGACGACGAAUAUGACCCGGAAGGGAAACCAUCGCCUUAUGACCCCUCUGACCUUUUGUACAAGCUGCAGUUUCUGGCCAUACCAGUGGCAGUUAUCCUGUUCCUGCUUGUUGCUUACUGCAUUUACACGAUUGAGUAUCCAGACAGGAAGAUUAAGUUUUACCGAGUACGUGACCAUGAUUUAUCAAGUGGUCACGACAACCGAGUCAUAUGAGCUUUUUUGCUCUGCGACCCUAGCUUGACUUUUACGCUGAGGAACUUUUGGUACGGUGGUUUUUUUUUCAAAUAAAGUAAAGCGAUGUUCAUGGAAUCCAUCUUGUUUCAUUUGAAGCCUUCAUUCGGAACCAGAUUUGUUUGAUGCCAAGCCUUGCUUUAUGCAUAAGCCGUUUUCGAAACCAAUGCUUCGGCAACAGCUACCUAGGCCCAAUCUCAUAGAGCUGCUUUAAGCACAAAAUGUAUAGUUGAGCACAAUAAAACAAUGCUUACCAGAAUAAGGUAAUCAGCCAGAGUACAAUGUCACAAGUACACUUUUUGGCUGGUAUCCUGCUAAUUGUUGCUUAGUACGUUUUCCCAUACGAUUCCAAGCCGGGACCUAAGCUAAAUGAACCAUAGUUUCGAAAAGGGUUACAUGUUUCUGAGUUGAGUAUAUAAAGAGGUUUGGUUAUAGGUGAAGACGACCCUGGAAAGCACCCAUUGUUGGCGCUCUCACCCACUUUCACUUUCAACAUAACUUAAAUUAAAGGUAUUGUACAUGACUGGUAAUGGUAAUAGAAAUAUAAUUGUAAAAUGUUAUUCUAUACAAAACGACCAACAAAAAUAUAUAUUAUUAUAGAGCUCAGUUUUCGAUCUUUUUUCCGCAAAAAAAACCUUUUAAAUGCUUCUGGAAUCCGGGGCUAAUGGGUUCGUUGACAACCAACAGACCCUUGCCUUGCAGCCAUCUUUAAGUCGAGCAUAUUCGCUUGAUUCUCGGCCAAUGCUCUUCAUUGACCUCGGUAGGGUGGGGGGACACGACUGUUUAGACUUAUGAUGUCACCGCAAGUUUUUUUUAGACUGGAUAAACGAGCAACGCUGAUACGCCGAGAUUACGCGCACGAUACGCACCGUGGAGGGCAGCAGUCGUCCAAUCAUCUGAGAGUGUAACGUCAUAACUUAUGCAAGAGGGUCUACCAAUUACAUUGCCGAUUUUUGUUCCCGGUGAUGCUCACCUCUGUUGUAUUUGAAUACGUAGAAAUGAUUGUUUAGAAAUAAGGAUAAUUUCACGACAAAAAACUUCAUAUAGUUUGCAUGUUUUAUUGUUUUACUUUUUUAAGUGUGUUUUUUGGUACAAAAUUUCGCUUAAUCAUAAUAUUACCGUAAAAUGAGUAGCCUGUACAUUAUUAUGAGUCAUGUGUUCAAACAAUCUGUGCCCAAGUUCAUGGCUCUGCUUACCGCCGAAUUCUGCGCUUACGAUCACCCUUAUCCGCUUUACUUUGAAAGCGCCGAGGUUCUGCGCUAAUUCUGUAAAAGCAAAAAUUCACUGCUUAUGGUAAGCAUGCAGAGCCAUGAAAUUAGACACUGAUGCACCUGUCACUGCAUGCGAGAAAGUUUAUGAAAAGGUUUAUGUAAUUUUUGCUUGGAAAACCAGGCUUUACCCAGCCAUUUUCGGCAAAUUAGGUGGCCAGAUUAAUCAACUAUUUCGCGCUAAAUUUAAAUCUUCUCUUAAAAAAAAGGAAGGGCAAAAUGUUACUUAUUAAUUUGGUUUUCAAGCAGCCUAGAUUAGUUAUGAAAAAUUCCUUUUUAGUUUUAGCAUUAGUUGACGGAAAACUAUGCCUUCCAUAUGAAUUUGUAUAACAGCAAUAAAACUAUUUACGUUGUGUACAUACUCUAAAUGAUGACCUAUAGCACUUGGUAAAGAAACAAUAGGUUUACACAAAUAAUGUACAAUAAAACAGUAAAAACAAACAA